AUGGGAUUAGAUUCAAACACUUGCACCAGCGGAUCUCGGCGUUCACACCAAGCCUCUGUUUUCUGCAACUUCUUCCCCGCGAACAGGGCUAGAGCAGGGGAUUUUCCAUCCAAGUCUGACGAGCUCGGAAGCCAGAAUCGCCAUAUCUCCUUUGGUUUCUGCCGUAGUCUUUUCGGAGGGCGCUCCUCUAGAAUCUCAGUUUCCUCGAAGGUUGACCACCGCGGCCGUUUCGUCAAGCAUCUCCGCCGUUCUCUGCGCCAUACCCUUCUCCGAGACACUCUUUUCGAUCUUGGUUCCCCAACGGCAAGGAGGCCGACACAGCUACCAGACCCUCUCCUAACCUGGGUAGUCUCCUGAAUCGGUUCAGUGAAGCCAUCCUCGUUGAUUUGGUUGCGCCAACUUGAUUUGAAUACCUCGACGGCGGCCCUAGAAAUCCAAUGCCCGACCAGCGAGCACAGGAAUAAGAGAGAGGAGAGAGC